AUGUCCACUGUAUCAUCAUCACCACUAUCUUCAUCGGCUACAUCACCUAUAAACCAACAACAAAUAUCUUCAAAUAUUACAAAUGACGCAGGAGACUUUAGUCAAAAUCAACCACCACCUCCACCAUUAGAUAAAGAAGCAUUACAACAUAUUUAUUCAUUGGUUAAAGAUUUAACUAUUCCAGAAAAGAGAGAGAAUGCACUUGUAGAUUUAAGUAAAAAAAGGGAGACAGUACCAGAUUUAGCACCAAUUUUAUUAAAUUCAUUUGGAACAAUAGCAGCAUUAUUACAAGAGAUUGUUUCAAUUUAUCCUUUACUCUCACCUCCAAAAUUAAAAGCAUUACCUUCAAAUCGUGUCUGUAACGCAUUAGCAUUACUUCAAUGUGUUGCUUCUCAUCCUGAUACAAGAACUUAUUUUUUACAUUCACAUAUUCCAUUAUUUUUAUAUCCAUUUUUAAAUACAUCAAGUAAGAAUAGACCUUUUGAAUAUUUAAGAUUAACAAGUUUAGGUGUAAUUGGUGCAUUGGUUAAAGUCGAUGAUAGUACAGUAAUCGAUUUUUUAUUAUCUACAGAGAUUAUGACACUAUGUGUAAGAAUCAUGGAAACUGGUUCAGAGUUAUCUAAAACAGUUGCAACAUUUAUCGUACAAAAGAUAUUAUUGGAUGAUAUGGGUUUAAAUUAUAUUUGCGUUUCAAAUGAAAGAAUUAUGGCUUUCUUAUCGGUUUUGGCAAAUAUGAUUCAACAAUUAAUUGAUCAAUCUUCACCAAGAUUAUUAAAACAUGUCAUUAGAUGUUAUUUAAGAUUAACUGAUAAUCCAAAAUCAAAAGAAUCAUUAAGACAAUUUUUACCAGAAUCAUUAAAGAAUGGUACAUUUAAUUCACAUUUAAAGGAUGAAAAAGAUUUUACAACAAAAAGAUGGUUAUCUCAAUUAUUAUUUUUGUUGGGUGAUCCUUCACAAGCAAAUGCUUUUAAUCCAAAUUUAAAUCCAUCAAUUAAUACUCCACCAAAUUUAUCUGCUCCACUAAGUAAUAUCAGUGCUGCAAUCAAUCAAUCUCUUAGUAGAAAUUUAAAUAUGCAUAAUUGA